AUGACCUACAAAUCCAACUACGAACCUUACACAAGCCAGAGUCUCUACUCGCGGCCCUCCUCCUCCUCAUCACUCCUCUACCCCCUCGGCGACCUCUACCCCCACGUCGUCGCCCUCCAGCUCCAAAUCGAAGAGGACGAGAACGCCUCCAAAAACUCCGGCUACCACCAAGACAUCGCAUACUGGGCCGAGGUCGCCGCUUCACCUUCAUCACCACACACACUCCCGGACGGUCUUUCGAAGCGCUCGUUGCGCAGGUAUAGCGGUACGUACCCGAACUAUCCAAUCCGCCCGGUUGGACCGGAAUGGAACGGGCUGGCUGGACCUGUCAGAUCGGAUCUGACCUGUUCGAACGAACUAAGCUAA